AUGGCUGACCAGGAAUACAACGCCGAGGAGGCUGCCGAGCUCAAGAAGAAGAGAACCUUCCGCAAGUUUUCCUAUCGCGGUAUCGAACUCGAGCAACUCCUCGACCUCUCCUCAGAGCAGCUCCGUGAUGUCGUUCACGCCCGUGCCCGUCGUCGCUUCAACCGCGGUCUGAAGCGCAAGCCCAUGGGCCUCAUCAAGAAGCUCCGCAAGGCCAAGCAGGAGGCCAAGCCCAACGAGAAGCCGGACCUCGUCAAGACACACCUCCGUGACAUGAUUGUCGUGCCUGAGAUGAUCGGAUCCGUCAUCGGUAUCUACUCCGGCAAGGAGUUCAACCAGGUUGAGAUCAAGCCUGAGAUGGUUGGUCACUACUUGGGCGAGUUCUCUAUCUCAUACAAACCUGUCAAGCACGGUCGACCUGGUAUUGGUGCCACCCACUCCUCCCGUUUCAUUCCUCUCAAAUAG